CGAUCGCGUUAAUCAGAUCAUAAAUGUCGUCCGCGAUGGUGGUGUCGUUGUCGUCGAAUCAAACUCCCAUCCAACGGUUUUACGACGACAAAGUUCUGUUGAUCACCGGAGCGACCGGAUUUAUCGGAAAGAUACUGCUGCAGAAAUGCUUGAAGGAUUUGUGCGUGAGGAAGGUUUAUGUGAUUGUCAGGUUCAAGAGGGGCAAGGACGCCCGGAAGAGGCUCGAGGAGUUGCUUCAAAGUCCUAUCUUCGACACGUUGAAAGCAUCAGAUCCCACCUUCGCAACCAAGAUCAAUCUGAUGAAGGGGAAUCUGGAGCUGCCGAACCUUGGUCUGGCCGAAGCCGACAUGGAUAUCCUGAUGAAGGAAGUGAACUGCGUCUUCCAUUGUGCUGCAACCGUAAAUUUCAAUGAACCACUUCCACUUGCCGUCAAUAUUAACCUCAGAUCCACCAGAGACAUUCUAAAUUUGUGCAAGAAGAUGAGCAACCUCCAGUCGGUCGUCCAUGUUUCCACUGCUUACUCCAACCCCAACAGACGAAUUGUGAAGGAAACCGUUUAUGAACCAAAAAUUCUACCAGAUCAACUGUUGUUGCUUGUGGAUAACUUCGACAAAGAUAUUGUUGAUGACAUUGUUAAGAAGAGGUUGCUCACAGGUGGAUUUACUAACACGUACGUGUUGACCAAAAACGCCUCAGAAUAUAUGAUUCAAAAAGAAGGGUUGGAUCUGCCCAUUAGCAUUUUAAGGCCUUCAAUUGUUGUAGCCUCUGAAAAACAACCUAUACCUGGCUUUGUGGACAGCGUACUAGCUAUUACAGGUUUGGGUGUGGCUAUGGGCUUAGGUUUUGUCAGGACAAUCAUUUGGAAACCUGACAACGUCUUAGAUGUUAUUCCUGUAGACCAUGUUGUCAAUGAAAUAAUCACUGUGGGGUGGUACAAUCAUACGAAAAGCAAUGAACAAAAACAAGAAGUACCAGUUUUCAACAGCGUUAGUUCCAGUAUUAAACCAAUUACUAUAGGUGAAAUAAGUGAUUACUUCUUCAAAUAUUCAUCGAGAAUCAGCACCAGAAAUCGACUGUGGUACCCAUUUAUAAUCUCCACCCAAAACGAAACCCUAUACAAAAUUUACGCCCUAUUCCUACACACCAUACCUUACUACUUCGUAGACUUUUGUGCCUACUGUCUCGGGAAGAAGCCAAUCCUGGUGAAAUUUUAUGAGAAAUACGAACGACUGAGCCAAGUAUCGAGGUUCUUCAUGACCAACGAGUGGUACUUCAAAUCGAACAACACGAGAAGGUUGUUUCAAAGCUUAAGUCCUGAAGACAAGGAGUUGUUUUACUUUGAUAUGAAACAAGUGGAUUAUAAUGAAUUGGUCCUCAACAACAUAAAGGGCAUGAAAAAGUACAUCCUUAAGGACAACACACCAGAUGAUGAUAUUAGUAUGUUGUACAAGCAGAAGUUCCUCCACUAUUUCAUAUGUUUUGUUUUAUUGGCCAGUUUUACUUACUUUUUACUGAGGUUAACUUAUUUAUAACUGUAAAUGAAUAGUAAUAAUAAUAAACAACACAAAAUAA